AUGGAGCAGCACAUCCCCAUUCACGCGCUGCCCGAGGAGAUUAGAAAGAUGUCCCGGGAUGAGACAGUGUGUAAAUACUGUGGAGUCAGCUAUUUGAUACUUCAUGAAUUUAAGUUGAUGGAAGAAAAAGUAAAAGCAAUGGAAAAGGAGAUUAAAUUUUAUGAAGGAAGUAUAGAACGGGAAAAAGGACUUCAAGCAGAAUUGCAGACUCUUUACCAAGACCUUGAACACUAUCGAGCUGACAGCGAAUCAAAAACAGAAAGAAAUACAUUGGAACACCAUUGCUCAACUCUGAGCAAGGCCGUCUCACUGUUUCCUUUUAUUAGAAGUGAACUAGACAGUCUUAAAGAAGUCAUCUCCAGUAACCUAGAGAACUGGGCUGCCAUGAAAGAAGAAAUUUUUCUACAAAUAAAAACUGUUAGCAAAGAAGCUUUGACAGAAAUACCCAAAUUGAAUCAAAGAUUAGCAAAAUCCCAGAGAGAGAAUGAAUGCCUCCAAGAAAAGGUGAAACACCUGACGCUGGUGGCCGACACAGUUGACCUGAAAAGUCAACAGCUUCAAACUUCACUUCAGCAAGGGAAUGAGCUACAAAGUAGGUGCCGUGAACUACAAAAGGAAACAUUAG